AUGGCCACCAAACCCACCUCACCUCACACAACGACCUUGCAAGCCACAUGCCAUUGCCACACCUUCUCCCAGACCCUCACCCUCCCCAAUACAGCCUUUCCCCUGAAGUCCUCCAUCUGUCAAUGCAACACCUGCCGACAUGUCACGGCCCAGCUCCUCUCCACCUUCGCCGUCAUUCCCGGGCCCCUCCCCGACGCAUGCUUCUUCACCCAUCUCGCCAAAUACGAGUCUACUAAGGGCUUCGAGCGCUGGUUCUGCCCGGUCUGUGGCGCGAGUGUGCUGAAUGUUGAGCGGCGGAAGGGCGGGACGGAGGUCGCGGAGUGGGAGUUUGCCACUGGCGUGCUGGAAUUUCCGGAGCAGGAGAAGUUGGGCAAAGGUCCGCUGGACGGACGCCUGAGUCGCGCCCUGAUGUGGGUUGCUGAUACGACAGACGGCGGAGCGGUAGGGUGGGUCAAUAACGGGAGGGGCGGAGAAGGACUACCUGGUGGGAGGUUCAUGAAGGGCCGAGACAGCGAGACUAUUUCAGACACCACAGCAAUGGAAAUGAUGGUCAGCAACGCGAAGGGUCUGGCAUCGAGCCCAAAGGAAGACGAUGUCCUCAGAGUUCACUGCCACUGCCGCAGAGUUCAACUUACCAUCCAUGCACCAUCUCCUGCUGCCAACCCAAAGGACUCCUCGGCAGAAUUCUGCGCAUGCACUUCUUGCCGCAAGUCCAGCGGCUUUGAAAUCACUUCCUGGGCGCACGUCGCUAAGGACAAAGUCACCACUACCGAUGGUCGACCGCACACAGAGAUUCUAACAGAGCUGGCCCACUAUGAGAGCUCCAUGGGAACACAUAGAUAUUUCUGCAAGACAUGCGGAGCGACCAUAGCGUACGAUCGGGACGAUCUGAAGAGGCUGGAUCUGGCGUUGGGUCUGAUGGACGAUGGGAAGGGAAGCGGACGAUUUGACGAGUGGUUUACAUGGAACCCGGAUGGCGAGGGCGUGGCGUACAUGGAGGAUGCGAGAGACAGGGGAUUUGUUAGUAGACUGGCCGAAGGUGUUGGAAGAGAUACAACCAGAAGGGACCAGGGCCGGCGAUGA